AUGAAUAAACCCAUGCCAAUUCAUUUUAGAGAAAGUCAGCAUGAGUGUAAUGAAUGUGUUAUACAAACUGAAAUAAGUGAUCCUAAAGAAGCACCAUUUAGAUACAAGGAGGAACAUAAUGCCUUUCAUGCAGCCUCAUCUUUUACUGACUGUGACAUCAUUCAGACUAAAAAGAAAUCACAUGCAUACAGUCAGUGUGAAAAAUCUUUCAGCUGUUGCUCUAAGCUUUUUGUACACCAGAGAACACACACUGGAGAAAAGCCCUAUGAAUGCACUCAGUGUGGGAAGUCUUUCAGCCAGAGCUAUGACCAUGUCACACAUCACAGAACCCACACUGGAGAAAAGCCCUGUGAAUGUAACCAUUGUGAGAAAUCCUUCACCCAGAGUUCCAAAUUUAUUAGACACCAACAGACUCACACUGGAGAAAAACCAUAUAAAUGUCACAAAUGUGGAAGAUCUUUCAGGUGGAAUUCUAACAUUAUUGUACAUCAAAGAAUUCAUACUGGAGAGAAACCUUAUGAGUGUGCUCAUUGUGCAAAGUCCUUCAGGCAGAUCUCUGGCUUUGUUGUACAUAAAAGGACUCACACUGCAGAGAAACCCUCUGCGUGUAACCAGUGUGGGAAAUCCUUCAUUCGAAGCACUCAACUUAUUAGGCAUCUGUAAAUUCACACUGGAGAGAAGCCAUAUAAAUGCAAUCAAUGUGAUAAAGCUUUCACUAGGGGCUCUAACCUUAUUGAGCAUCAGAGAACUCAUACUGGAGAGAAACCUUUUGAAUGUAAUCCGUGUGGGAAAGCCUUUACUGGAAGCUCUCACCUUCUGUCACAUCAGAGAAUUCAUUCUGGAGAGAAACCAUAUGAAUGUAAUGACUGUGGGAAAUCCUUUUGGCAGCAGUCACAGCUUGUUGUGCAUCAGCGAACCUAUACUGGAGAGAAACCUUAUGAAUGCAGUCAUUGUGGAAAAGCUUUCAACCAGAGGUCUCCCCUCAUUGUGCAUCAAAGAACACACAUUGAAGACAAGCUCUAUCAGUGUAACAUGUGCAUUAAAGCCUUCAGUCAGAGGUCACACCUUAUUGAACAUCAGAGAACACAUACUGGAGUUAAGCCCUAUGAAUGUAUUGACUAUGGGAAAGCCUUUAAUGAUCAGCCAACCCUUACAAAACACGAGAGAAUACACACUGGCAAGAAACCCUAUGAAUGUAAUCACUGUGAAAAGGCCUUUAGUCAGUGA